CAGACGCGCCUGUGUGCCUCCUUCACUACUAAAUGCAUGCUUGGCUGGAGUUUUGGGCGCUGGGUUGUUUGCCGGAUUGUGUGUUCUUUACUUUCCUUCCUACUGGCAAUCGGUUGUCUUCAACUUCCAGAGAGCUUAUGAGCUAGCCUGCGAGCGGUAGCAUAUCGCUGCAUAACAUUGACCUAUCCCGAGUUGCCAACGCGGGCAAAGACACACGUUGGUAGUCACACGUCAUGGGCCUACUAAAGCAUCUGCGGUCAAGGUCGCGCCUGGAACCAAAUGAGCCCCAAGGUCUUACGGCCUACCCUCAGCGGAGCCCGCCAGCACCAUACAGAGGCCGCGAUCAAACGCAGCGUCUGCCUGAGCAGGUGCUAGAGAUCAUCUUCGCAUACGUAUGCCCACACUCCCAGGACCACAGCUAUGAGCCUUCGGAGCGAUCACAGAUCGGAGACGGAUGCAUGCUGUGUGACAUGCGAGAUUUGGCACGAUGCGCUCAAGUCUGUCGCAAAUGGUACGGCGUUGCACAGCGACUCCUGUAUGCCAGCGUACGUAUCGACGCGGUUCACUAUUGCGCGCUUGAGGAGCAGCUGGCCGAGAAGCGCAAGAAAGGCAAGCAUUUCCGCACCAAAAGUGCAGUGAUUGAGCCGGGCGAGGUACCUGCUGUAAGACUGUCCUUGUUGUGCAGAACAGUGCGCGAGCAAGACGCGCUGGCACAGCAAGUACUUAUACUUAAGAUUCCGUACAUGACGCGGGAGACCGCAAAAGGUGAGCUAGCAAGGUGCGUCUCUGCGCUACCAAACUUGCGAUACGUGGACCUCCCCGAUGGCUUCUUCACUGGUGACCCAAGCUGCUUGGCACUACGGCAGGAACUCCAAGCACGAUGUCCGGACAUCCGCAAGAUGAGUUACCGUUCUGGAAGCGAGGAAGCCCUAGAACUGCUCGCGCACAAACACUGGCAAAGCAUCGAGACACUGGAACUUAGCGGCCUGGCUAUCGAGCCUGCAACGCUGAGGAUAGUGCUGGCCAGCCUCCCUACUCUCCACGACUUGACUUUGCGUGACUUGCCUUGGCUUGACGACAGCAUCUUUCAGACCUCGCAGGGCCGGCUUCCGGACUUCCCGCCUCUGCAGUUGCUCCGGCUUGAGGGCUGCACAUCAGUAACUGCGCAAGGGCUGUGCUACUAUCUUGACGCACCUCGGAACCGAGAACUCCUCGCUUCCUUGAGCUUGCAGAGCACUGGUGUAACGGUGCAGGAUCUGCAUGUCUUAUUGUGGAAGGCCAGCCAACUCCAGCACCUCUCCGUCUCCGAGGUCGUCAGCAAGUCGCUUGCAAUUGCAACCGCACAGCUACCCCCGCUCACAUCCAUCAGCCUACGAGUGCUACACUUCGAGAUUACAAGCUCCGAAGAUGUACACGGUCUGCAGAAGCCGGCCGAAACCUACUACGCUUACCUCGCCACGUCCCUACACCUAAAUGCCUUACCUGGCCUGACGACCCUUUUCGUCCGUGAUCCGCACUUUACGGAGCUACUAAUCCUACCUCCCGUUGCAGCUCCAUUUGCGGCGACCGUGGGAUCCGACUCCGGCAGUCUACGCAGCAAGCCUUCCAACCUAUCAGGCGCGUCCUCGUCACGCAUUCACAACACCUCAUCGGCCGGUAAUGCGGCAGCGUAUGGCACUGGCGGCGGUCUUGGGCCGCCCAACCUCGGCGCUGGUGCCCUGAGUCGUGGAGGGUUCAAUCAAACGCUCGAAGUCUUCUCCAAAGGGCUGGACGAACUAGAAUGGGUCUUCACAUCCAUCUCCCCACCAUCCAAAACCAUCAAUGGGCGUGAUAGAGCCAUCUCUAGCUCUACCGGAGGCCGCCCACUCUCCGCUUACAGCGCCGCGCUCGGUCUCGGUCCACAAUGGGCACAGGGCGGGUUCGGAGGGGACGCACGCAAGUCCGUCAUCGUUGGCAAUGGCUUCGGUGGCUUUCUAGCCGUGCCCCAAGAGGAAGUGCCGCGACCACCAACAAGCGAUGGCUCACAUCAAAUCGAUGGGGCUGGCGGGACAAGAUGGGGCUCCAUUGGCAGCCAAGCGACUGCGGGCAGCCAGGGCAGUCGUGGGAGUUUUCUGAAGCCACCGCCUAGCAUCAGUAGCUUCGCUGGCAGUACAGUGAGCGUUGCAAGUGACAGGCGCGAGAGUAAGCAUGAUCUGUGGCGAUGAUUGUAUGAAUUGAAACGAUUUGGCGAUCAUUGCAUACGAAUGGUGUUGUGAGCUGGGCAAUGGUGGGUUCAAAGUACCUUGCGGGAAUACUUUCUUCGAAAACGCGAUUGUACCCGUACAACAACUAGCACCGGCAGACUGCGGUUUGCGAGCGUUACGUGUUGAAGAUGAUCUGGAAAGACAUUUUCCUAGCAGGCCCCAUCAGUUUCAGACGGCUCGAAUUGACUCGCGGCAGCACUUUGCUGCUGCUUGAUACUGCCCAAGCGUCAACACGAUCUAGUGGAUGCAUGUCAUGAAGUCGGAACGACUUCGCGGCCUAUCCACCGAAACCUUCGUCGACGCGCCCUAGCACAAUUAAGUCCGCAAACCCCGAGGCAGGAACUCGUCGCGUCAGAUGCGGUCGAAGCACGACAUCUACCCUACGUGACAUCGCCUGCAGAUCUCACCUACUUCACCCAAUAAUCGUC